GGUUCACGUCUGAGCCUUUUCGCUACAUGUACAGUACAGGCGCUCGAGCUUACCGCUGGAAUUGCGCGGUGGGUGACAGUCGAGUUGCUCCAGGAUCUUUGAGCUACUAGCACUGAAGUCGAACACAACACCCAUUCCGUCAACCCAAGAAAUCACGACAACGUCAACACAAAAUACCAGGAUCCAACACUCUUAUCACCAAACCUGUCAUCAUCAUGUAUGCAGAAGCUCCAUCGGCGGAAGUGGAUCCCAUGUCAACCAUGCAGACCAGCCAGCCGUGGCAGGAUACCUUUUAUGCUGAAGAGCCCGACAUUGAAGCUGUUUUCGAUGUGGACAUUGAAGCCAUUCGACUCUAUCAACGUCGAACAUCUUUUCAGUUUUGUGCCAUUGUGCUUGCAUACUCUUUCCUGCACAUUUUCCUGUUCCUUGCUCUCAAAGUCUUGAAACGGGAUGGUUGGGCGGUAUUCUUGGUCGUUAGUGUGGCGAUGGUUGGUUCUUUCUUUGUUGCAUGGGUGGCACAAACCUUAAAGGCCGCAGUGUUUGGUGCCACCUGGGCUGCAUUGCUGCACCUGUGCCGUGCUCUUGGCCUCGGGAUGUUGUUCUUCUGGUCGGUUUCGUAUUGGGUUUUUUAUGCGGUAUACACUAGUACAUGUAUGCAGGCCGCGAUGUCUGGUAACACUGUGCCCUAUGGCAGUGGAAGAGUCUACAUGGCCAUUGCCAGUUCCUGUGUUCGUUAUGAUCAGAAGAAUCCCAUGGUUUCGUCGGCCAUUGCUCUACAAGAUAUCUCAACUUGUACUGUGGAGCAACGCAAAAUGAGACGUCGUUGCUGCGGUCUAAUCGGAGAAACCAAAACCAUCAGCUUGAUCCAUCUUAAGGCUGCCAAUAGCAGAGGAUCUAAGAUCUUUGUGGGUGUCAAGGACCCAAGAAACUUUGCACGAUUGGUCAUGACCAUCAAGAACCGCCCUUGUGCUGCUCCUGCUUUUGCUCCAAUUGCUUCCAGCUCUGAAAUUGUGUGGUCAGCAGGAGUGGUUUGACUCUAGUAAGAUGGGAUUGUUUGGUGUGAUUCUGUUAGACAUUGGUGUCAUAGCAUUGCAUAACUUUUUAGAAGAUUGAAUCGAAUCAUUGCUUCGAAAUACUCGGACCCAACCAAACAAUUAAUUGGUACCAGGUACGGUACCACUGUGACACUUCAGGGUAGCAGCUACAGGAAUA